AUGAUCUAUCAAGAUGCAUGUUAUCUUUGGAAACCGCGCAUUUUACCAUUAGUUGUUUUUCUAACUUCAAUGGAAGUGGUGGCCACCAUCACCCAUUAUUCUAUUCCUGAAGAAAUGGAGGAAGGAGCUGUGGUCGCCAAUUUAGCGACAGAUUUGGGCUUGGACGUAAAGACUCUCAAAAGAAGAGAAAUGCGCAUUGACGUGGUAGGAAACAAAAAAUAUCUUGACAUUAACAAAGACACGGGGGAACUGUUAAUUUUAGAAAGGAUCGAUAGGGAGUUUUUGUGUCCAUUGAAAACAGCAGCUUACUGCUUCCUUAAAUUAGACGCAACGAUAGAAAAUCCUGUGCGCAUGUUUAAUAUUGAGGUUGAGGUAACGGAUAUUAAUGACAACGCUCCACAUUUCCGUCGCGGGACGAUGCAUUUGGACAUUUCUGAAUCAAGUCCCAUUGGAGAGAGGUUUUCUCUAAAUAAUGCGGUAGACCCAGACGUUGGGACAAAUUCAGUUAAAGAUUAUCAUCUGAGCGUAAGUGAAUAUUUUGGUCUAGAAAUUCAGACAAGCAGAGAUGGGUCCAAGUUUGCAGAUUUGGUUUUGAAAAAGACAUUGGACAGAGAGCAGCAGGCUGUUCAUAAUCUGAUUCUCACCGCGGUGGAUGGAGGGGUCCCCACGCGCACAGGUACAGCCAGCAUUAUUGUCCGCGUGCUUGACGUGAACGACAACGCCCCUUCGUUUGAUGAAGACAAGUAUGUUGUUGAUGUUUUAGAAAAUUCCCCAGUUGGCAGUUUAGUGAUUAAACUGAAUGCUACAGAUUUAGAUGAAGGCUCCAACUCUGAUUUAGUUUACUCUUACAGCCUGUACACAUCAGAGAGGACACAGAACAUGUUUACUCUGAACCCGGACAAUGGUGAAAUCAGAGUCAAAGAAAUGAUCAAUUAUGAAGAUUUUAAGAUUUAUGAAAUGGAGGUCAUUGCCAGUGACAAGGGGCCUAACCCAUUAUCUGGACAUUGUAAAGUGACUAUACAGGUCACAGACAUGAAUGACAACCACCCAGAUAUUUCAAUUAAAUCUUUUCAAAGUCCAAUUAAGGAAAAUGAGCCCAUAGACACAGUCAUAGCUGUAGUCAGUGUUAAUGACAAAGAUUCUGGGAACAAUGGGCUGGUUGAUCUCUCUGUUCCACCUAAUUUACCUUUUACACUGCGCCAGUCUUCUGAUAACUAUUAUGAACUGGUGGUGUCUGAGCCUUUAGACCGGGAGAAAGUCCCUGAGUACGACAUCACCUUCACUGUCACAGACAGAGGCUCUCCUCCAUUAUCUGACAAUGAGACUAUGACUUUAGAGCUGCUGGACGUGAACGACAAUGUGCCACAGUUCCCCCAGUCCUUUUACACUAUACGUGUCCCAGAGAAUAACGCUCCAGGAGCCCUGCUCGGCUCACUCACGGCCUUUGACCCUGACCUCCAUGAAAACCAGUAUCUAGUUUACUUCAUCCUGGAGAAGGAGGUAGCCAACACCUCCAUGUCCAUGCUGUUCUCCAUCAACCCAGAGAACGGGAACUUGUACGCGCUCAAAACAUUUGACUAUGAGAUAGAGAAGGAGUUUCUGUUCCACAUCGAGGCCAGAGACUCGGGCUCUCCUCCUCUGAGCAGUAACGUGACUGUUCACAUCAUUAUUGUGGACCAAAACGACAACGCUCCGGUCAUCGUGUCUCCGUGGCGCGCACACGGCUCAGUGGUGGAGGAGAAGAUCCCCAGGUCCACUGAUAAAGGCUCGCUGGUGGCCAAAGUGAUCGCUCUGGACAUUGACUCUGUGCACAACUCUCGCAUCACCUACCAGUUUCUACAGGUCACUGACGCCACACUGUUCAGUCUGGACCAAUACAACGGAGAGAUCCGCACCAUGAGGAUGUUCAGUUACAGAGACCCGCGCCACCAGCAGCUGGUGGUGGUUGCCAAGGACAACGGGCAGCCCUCCCUGUCGGCCACAGUGACCAUCAAACUGUCCACGGUGGAGACGGCCGUGAAGGCCUACUCUGACAUGACCGAGGUGCCUCUGGAGUACGACAUCUUCUCAGACCUGAACCUGUAUCUGGUCAUUGGUCUGGGCUCAGUCUCCUUCCUCCUGCUCAUCACCAUACUGGUCACCAUCGUACUCAAGUGUCAGAAACCCAAGUCCAGCAGCAAAGCUCCUCCUCCCUGCAGGAACAGUGUGAUCAGUGAGAGGAACUCCACCAUCGCAGACUCCACUCUGGUGUCCAACGAUGCCUACUGGUACAGCCUGUUCCUGGCAGAGACCAGGAAAGGAAAACUGGUGGUGAGACAGCCUGUGCCCAAAGGCUCCAGAUACAUAGUGUCCAGUAUACCACGAGGCACAGGAGUAUCAGACACCAGCGACUCUGCAGCCUCCACUCUGCAGGUACAGGCCUCUUUGGCUCUCCAAAAUAAUUUUGAUAUCUAA